AUGGACGGAAAGCACGAUUUUGACCUCGAGUCUGAUGGCCACAAGCGAAAGUCAAAAUCCCCGUCCUUGUCAAAUGAGCAUGAGCCUAAAAGGCCCAAGCUUGAGUCGGACGACUGGGAAAAACUGGAGGACAUUGCCAAGCAAUACAAAAAGUUUGUGGCAGCACCCAAAUUCAGCCUCAACUCAGAAGAGCUUUUCUGUGUGUGUCGCAAACCUGACUCUGAUGGAGAGUUGAUGAUCUCAUGUGACGGUUGUGAAGAGUGGUUCCACACAAAAUGUAUGCGGAUAGACCCAGAGUAUACCCAGCUUCUUGACAAGUUCUUCUGCAAGUUUUGUCAAUGGAAAGGUAGUGGUGUGACUCGAUGGAAUAGAAAAUGUCGUAUGUUGGGAUGCUUGAAGCCCAUACGAGCGACAGAGAAAUCAAAGUAUUGUUCCGAUGAAUGUGGCGAAGCCUUCAUGUUGCUGAAACUAUCUGGGUCGCAGGUACUAACGCUUAGCGAUCUCAAUUUUGUAGUCAACUACUGUGGAAGCUAUGCUGAGCUCAAUUCCAUGGGUUCUACUUUUCCUGAGCUUCCUGAGGUCUUGCUGUUAGAUAUGGAAAAGCUUCCUGAACUGGUUCAGAAAGUUCUCACUGACAAUGAAGAAAUGCAAGAGAAAAUACAAGCACAGCUCGAACAAAACAAAGCAAAGACAAAAUACUUGUCAAGGGUCAAGGAAAUGGUUGCCAUCAUCAAUGAAGAGAUCCUGGCUUUAGCGGCGCCCUCACACAUAGAGGAAACCGCUCAAAAAUCGAAGAAAAAGAAAAGCCGAUCCAUAAAAAUUGAUCUCUGUUGCUUCCAGUGCGAUCUCAACACAAACUUGUUCCAAGAUCUCCCCAAGGAUAAAUCGAUUGAUACAGAUGUACGUGUCACGUUCGAAGAAGAGAUAACUUAUGCAGUGGAACAAUACAAUGCAGGUCCCGACUUCCAUGAAGGGAAAAUGUGCUUGAAAGACCGCAGGAAGUGUCUUCGUCACAAUGGCUGGUUCAAUCUUUUGAGCGACCGUUUAUGGAAACGACUGGAGGAGCUUCAAACGACUCUAGACAAAUUACAAAAAGAAAAGUCUGUUGUGCUUAGAAACUACAGCAUUUCCGUAUACGAGAGACAACUUUAG